AAUUAUAAGGAUGCUGUCGGCACUUCGCACCUUCUGCAGGCAGGCUUGCAGGAGGUACGCCUGCAAAGCGCCCAGAUUUCCGGACCCGCCUUGCCUGCCCGUGGACCCCGUUUGCCACCGCGUUCCAGGCAACAGAUGCCAGAGGGCCAAGGAAGUGCUGACUCGCGAACUGCCUCGUGAGAAAUUAUUGGAAGAGUUCCAGCAGCUGGAGACAAUGUGUUGUGUUUUGCGAUCGGCGGCCAAAAACCCCUGCGCGGAGAUGAAGCGACCCAAAGUACCCAAACCGCUGCUGGAACCCUUUCGAUCGAUGUGGGAGCCACCCUGCCAGACGGACGAGCAGCCAUUCUGCAAGGACAAACUGCCGCGCUUCGAUGCGAUCUACUACCAGCCGUCAAACAAGUGCCGCUGCUACCAGCGCACCUGGGUGGAGUGUCCGCCCGUGAAGCAACGCCUAAGGAAGGUGUGCUGCCUGGAUGCCAUCAAUCCGCCCGAGGUGCUAUAUCGCAAGAAUCCCUGCCCGGAGGUUUGCAAAGAACCCUAUAAAAGUCUGAGGCUUCUUUGUGAGAGAGGCGACUUCAAGCGUGAUCCGGAGUGCCAGUGCCCAAAGCUAUUUUGGCCCUGCUGUAAGCCAGCUCGCUGUGAUCCUUUAUGUCACUAUUACAGGAAGCCCUCCAAUUGCAUCAAGCUGCGUGCUCCUUUUCCCUCAUUUUCGGAACUGGCUAGAUGGUCUAGACCACGCCGGAAAAUCGAGUGCCACUGCUUGGAUACCUUCUCAAAAUGUUUGGCUUUUCGGGAGAGAAUGCGGCGGGAAAAAUUAAUCCUCAAGUGCUAGUCUAAGCCCAAACUUUAAAACAAAUCUCCAUUAAGGCUCUGCGUUUUUGAACAAAGCAAUGGAUCCAAGCUCUCAAACACUUGUAGCCAUUGCUUUGUUCCAAAAUUCAGAGCCAUUACAUAUCUCAAAACUAAUCGCAAA